UUCCAUGGUCAUUCAACACUUCUAAAACAUAUCUCCAAUCUAGCCUGUCGAUAACCGGACGGCGGCUGGAACAAUGGAGGCGGCGUCCACAAGCAGCCGCUGCCAGGGAAAUGGCCCUGUUUCACGCGUUGGGCAACGCGGAUGGCGUAUGCCCCCAGCUCGCGUGCUGCGGCUGCGGUCUCAGGCCUUAGUUGAAGUAGGCAAGUUGAACCACGAGCCGGUGCCUCCGCCAAAGGGAUUCCGACCAGCCGUUGUGCCUGGCAGCCGAACGAAGCCAACACCGCUGUUAACACCGGAUGUGAUGGUACAACGCCUGCGGAGCUCUAUGCACGAUUACGGACAAGAGAAUUUUGGGGCUUUUUACAGCAGCAUUAUGGGCGGCAUUGUGGUGGACCCGGCUCUCAUGAUGUUGCCCGUGGACGACCAGUUCGUUUGCAAAGGCUAUGGCGUUUCGGAAACUGUCGUCCUGCGCGACGGUCACCUGUACAUGUUGGAUGAACAUAUUGCGCGAUUAACAGCUGCUUGCGCGCAAGUUGGACUAUCGUUACCCUUCUCAGUACCGGCAGUUAAGAGGAUUGUCCUUGAUACCGCAGCUGCUAGCGGCAAAUUGAACGGACAGUUGCGGUUUUGGGUUACCCCAGGUCGCGGGGGCUUCAGCCCAGUGGAGCUUGGCGGAUCCGAGCCAGCGUUGUACGUCAUUUGCCUCGGCGACACCUACGAGAUUGACCGCACGGAGUCAUGGGAUGCAAUCCUUGCAGAGGAGCCGAUUCAGGCCACGGCAGUCAGCAACGUGCUCGGAAACCAGCGGCUGCUGACAACUGUGGGGCAGGUGGAGGCGCACGCCAGGGAUGCCCACGUGGCGCUAUUCACCGACGCCGAAGGAUUUGUACAGCACUGCGCGGGUUACACGGUGUGCAUCCUGACUCAGCAAGACACGCUUGUGUACCCUCCUUUUGAAAGUACCGCGCCAAGUGUUACGCUAUCUCGAAUCCUGGAGCUGAUUCCUGAGGAGCGAAUCCGGUCGCCCGAUGACGUGGUUGUCGCUAAUGUGCAGCAGCGGAAGUUGCACGUCUCCGAAGUGCUGGCAGCGAAAGAGUGUUUCCUUGUCUGCACCACUUUCACCAUCAUCCCAUUGUGCAGCGUGGACGGGAAGGCCAUUGCCGACAACAAGACGGGGCUUACCACAUUAGCUCUCCAUUACAUGCUGGAUAAUGACAUGCAGCCGCCGCCUGCGGGCGUGUAUAGCUGUAGACAUACUCCUGUGCCGUACGGGUAUACCACGGGCAUGCGCACUCAGCUGGUGUAGUGGCCAUGGUGGUCUGCAGUAGAACGUUUCUGAACCGACUAAGCAUCGUUCCAAUUGGUUGGUAGGCAGGCUGGGGCGCGAGUCGCGGAUGUGUUAUCCUGGGCAGCAUGGACACGCCGUUUGGUAGCAGAUCAUGUAGAACCUUAGCCAAGAUUUGAUUAUAUGUGUAAAAUCCUCUGUAGUA